UGUUGCUGCUGCCUUCAGGGAAGAUGCGGCUGUUGUUGUUACUUAGCUAUGCCCCUUUUCCUUGCAAAGCUGGCGUUAUCUUAAAACGAGAUGGGUUGUCUUAAAAAUAGAAAAUGUUGGUUAUGUAGCGGUCUCGAAAAGUAACAAAAGAAAUGUCAAGAAAAGAACUUUUUCUAAAGAACUGUUGCGGCCUUGUCCUGUGCAUGCUUAUUCUCAAGAUCCCUCUGACCUCUUCGGAGGCCCUUUGGAGGAUACAGAGGCUGCAGGGGGAAUAGAGGAAGUGAAAAAUGACGACUGCUAACAAGACACCCCCUGGUGCAGAUCCAAAGCAGCUGGAAAGAACUGGAACUGUUAGAGAAAUAGGAUCACAAGCUGUUUGGUCACUGUCGUCUUGUAAACCAGGAUUUGGUGUAGACCAGUUACGAGAUGAUAAUCUAGAAACAUACUGGCAGUCUGAUGGAUCACAGCCUCAUUUGGUGAAUAUUCAAUUCAGAAGAAAAACAACAGUGAAGACACUGUGUAUUUAUGCUGAUUAUAAAUCGGACGAAAGCUACACUCCAAGCAAGAUAUCUGUCAGAGUAGGAAACAAUUUUCACAACUUGCAGGAAAUUCGGCAACUUGAAUUAGUGGAACCAAGUGGUUGGAUUCAUGUUCCUUUAACUGAUACUCACAAGAAACUUAUUCGUACUUUUAUGAUUCAGAUUGCUGUGUUAGCCAAUCACCAAAAUGGAAGAGACACUCACAUGCGACAAAUUAAGGUAUAUACCCCAGUGGAAGAAAGCUCUAUUGGUAAAUUUCCAAGAUGUACAACAAUUGAUUUUAUGAUGUAUCGUUCAAUCAGGUAAACAAUCAAUACUUCUGUACUUAUAACAAUAUAUUUUUGUGUAAUUUUAAAAUAAAGACUUAAGUUCUGCUUGGUCACCUCUCUAGUUAUAACUUUCAUUUUGGCUAACAAUGUCUGUGAUUUGUUUAUUUCUUUUCCUUUCUAUGUAACUGGAGUAUAACAUUAUAAAGGGUUUUACUAUUA